GCUUUAUCUUAGGUUGUGCAAGAAUGCCUCAUAUUGACAUGUAUACAUGCUACUGGAUUGAUUUCUCUGCAACCAAUUUGCAUGGGGCUCGCUCUCGUCCUUCACAGCGUUGCUCAGUGUUGGCGUGGGGGCAGUCUAUGCAACCUCAAGGUGUUCAGGACGUCAACCUGCGGGGCUCAUGAAGCUAUGCCCAGAAGGUCGCUAGCUUGGUGACCUGAUCUCAACACCGAAGCCCAUCGUCAACCGCAAAAGCUUGCGAUGGCCUGACACAGCCAUAGUUACUUGUGCCGCCAUCUUUGCUCAAUGUACGGAUUUUAGCUUGUGUGUCUUCUUCGGCUAAUCUAUUCAAUUGAAUCCCAGCUGAGAGCCGGCGUACCAUGGCAUCCCUCUGAGCAAGACGACAAAGAGCUUCGACAAUCAAACCCCAGAGCACAAAAAUGACUACAGCGGUCAGAAUCUGUGUCUGUGGCGACGAGGGGACAGGCAAGUCCAGCCUGAUCGCCUCGCUCGUCAAGGACGUCUUCGUCGCCAACAAGAUCCAGUCGGUGCUCCCCCAAGUCACCAUUCCCCCGACCAUCGGCACUCCUGAAAAUGUCACCACCACCAUCGUCGACACCUCCGCCCGGCCCCAGGACCGCACGACCCUGCGCAAGGAGAUCCGGAAAUGUAACGUAAUACUGCUCGUCUACUCGGACCACUACAGCUACGAGCGCGUCGCCCUCUUCUGGAUGCCCUACUUUCGCUCGCUAGGGGUUAACGUCCCGGUCGUGCUGUGCGCCAACAAGUCGGAUCUCGCCGCCUCGGGCAGCACCUCGCAGGUGGUCGAGGAGGAGAUGCUGCCCGUCAUGGCCGAGUUCCGCGAGAUCGACUCGUGCAUCCGCACCAGUGCCAAGGAGCAGCACAACGUCAUUGAAGUCUUCUACCUCUGCCAGAAGGCCGUCACCCACCCCAUCGCGCCCCUGUACGAUCACAAGGAAGGCCAGUUGAAGCCUGCCUGCAUGGCGGCGCUUAAGAGGGUGUUUUACCUGUGCGACAAGGACCAGGACGGCUACCUGAACGACGACGAGAUGCACGAGUUCCAAUCCAAGUCGUUUGAGAAGCCCUUGCUGCCGGGCGAGCUGGAGAAUAUCAAGGCGACUGUUAGCAAGGCGGUGCCAACCUCGAGUACCGAGAAGGGGCUCGACCUGCACGGGUUUCUGCAGCUCAACAAAAUGUAUGCAGAAAAGGGGCGCCACGAGACGAUAUGGAUCAUUCUCAGGAAACAUCACUACACAGACAGUCUGAGCCUGGAAGACAGCUUUCUGCAUCCCCGCUUUGAUGUGCCCGACUACUCCUCGGCUGAGCUCAGUCCAGCAGGGUACCGCUUCUUUAUGGAUCUGUUCUUGACCUUCGACAAGGACAACGACGGGGGUCUCAAUGACCAGGAAUUAGCGGCCUUGUUUGCUCCUACUCCCGGGUUACCGCAAUCCUGGGUCGAGACAUCCUUCCCGUCAUCCACCGUUCGGAACGAGGCUGGCCACAUCACACUACAAGGGUGGCUUGCGCAGUGGAGCAUGACCACCUUCCUCGAACCCAAGACGACGCUAGAAUACCUCGCUUACCUCGGGUUCGAGGGCCCGGACGCACGCGACUCGACUACAGCCGCCUUGAAAGUAACCAAACCACGCAAAAGAAGGCGGCGACCAGGCCGCGUCGAACGGAACGUCGUCCUCUGCUACCUCCUCGGCUCUGCCGGCGCCGGCAAGUCUUCGCUCCUCGAUGCCUUCCUCAACCGGCCGUUCGAUGCGCUUUACCACCCAACCAUCAAGCCCCGCCGCGCCGUCAACAGCGUCGAGCUGCACGGCGGCAAGCAGUGCUAUCUGAUCCUCGAAGAGCUCGGCGAGCUCGAGCCUGCCAUCCUCGAGAACCAAGCCAAGCUCGACACGUGCGACCUUAUCUGCUACGCCUACGACUCGUCCGAGCCCGACUCGUUCUCGCACAUUGUCGACCUGCGCAAGCGCUACCCGCAGCUCGACGAGCUGCCUGCCAUCUACACAGCCCUGAAAGCCGACCGCGACAAGACGACGCAGCGCAGCGAGCUGCAGCCCGACGCCUACACCGCCGCGCUCAACAUGUCGGCCCCGCUGCAUGUGAGUGUCACGUGGAACAGUAUCAGUGAGCUCUUUGUCGCGCUCGCCGAGGCUGCUACCAACCCCAGCACGGCGUUUCCCAAGUCGGAGGAGCCGCCGGACCGGUCGGGUCUGUACUUGGCACUCGGGGCCACGACGUGUGCCGCGUUGGCGGCGUUCAUGAUCUGGCGGAGGUCGACCAAUUCUGCUUAGAGAGAAGCUGCAUCGGCUGGGAACUUAUGGGGAAUGUGGCGGGCUGCAAGGGAAGGAGAAGUUGGGUAAGAGAGUUAGGGAAGAGGUAACGGAAGUGAUGCAUUCGGCGGAGUCUUUUUGGGUGAUGUUUGGAUGGUGGGAUCUCAGUAUGCGCUUGGUGUUCGCCUGGGUAGAUCAGGCGGCCCUCCCUAACCUUUCCGCAGGGAGGGAUUAUGAUACCCACACACACUCCUCUACAUUGCAGUUAGCGUGCGUUUUUAUUAGUGUUUAAUGAAGCUCUAAUCAG